AUGGAAGCUUUUGGUAUAUCGAAUCUGGCCACAUCUGGCGUGGCAGCGUGGCCUCCCCCCGGACCAUUACCAAGUUCCUUCCAAUUCCACCACCAAGGAUCCAACUUCGCGAUAUUCGUGAUAUUCUUCGCAUUAUGCAUGAUGGAGGUGGUUGUUCUUAAGAUAAUAACAGAAGAACAAUCCAGGGAGGCGUCCUCGAGUGUCACGUCUAUGUGGUUUGACAUGGACGAUGAGUGACAGUCCAGUGAAGUGAAGUGAUAACAGUAUUGUGUUAAUACUAGGAUAAGGAUUUUACUCUUGUUAGGUAACUCACCAUACACUUUGCUUUACUUUACAAUGUAGCUAUGACAGUCAAUGGUGUU